GUCCGCCAUGCAGGCUGUAGUUAGUGGACAGCGCUAUGUAGGCGGUUCCCCUCAGUCCCUGCUGGAAAGAGAAAACUGCUUUGUGAGGGAAGUAGAGAGGUAUUUGAAGCACAAUGAUUUCUUAGCUCAAAGGAGGAAGGAAAUGCAGUACAAGAAAUGGUUUGAGAAUGUUUCGAGCCCGCUCCUGCAGAAAAUUCAGGACAAAGUGGACAGCCAGUCAAGUGAAGAAAUAGAGGAAAGGAGACGGAAACAACUCUCCCUUUACUUAGACUACUGUAAUAAGCAGCAUGGCGCCUAUUUAGAGAGCCACAGUCCUCUUUACGACCCUUUCUACUUGAAGAAUACAGACGUCUGGAAGGUUUCAAUGCCACCUUUAUGUGAUCCCUUGUUAAAGGAGGUGCAUGACAGAUACCUUGAGGAAGGGAUUAUCCAGCAGUGUGACACAGGAAGAAUGUACUCUUCCAAAGAGAUGAGUGAACUCCGUAAAGCAGAUCUGCCCCUUCUCCCUCUGAGCCGGCAAAUUAUAAAUCCGAUAGAUUGGCUGAAAAUCCCACCUGGCUACAUUGAAAGCGAGAUCCGUCAAAAAAGCAGGCAAAAAAUGAGCACAACUAGAAACAGGAGUACUAUGGAUUUCAAGUGCUGGGGCGACCAGUCCUGGCUUCUGCCAAACAAGAGACUCACCUCUGCCCGGGAAGCAGAUUUGGCCUCUGUGUCCAGCCUUCUAGCGAAACAAAGUUUGGGCGGCUCAUCCAGUUGGACACCAGCAAUAAAAUCUGCUUCGUAACGAAACCUUGUUGGAUUCAUUGUAUGAGAGUGUA